AGACAGUAAUUAUAAUACUGUAGUACUACAACUGUGGUGUGGGGCUUCAGGCCACAGUAUCUUCUUCUUACAGGAACUGAUUAUUCAUUGAUUAUUGCCACUAGUAAGAGUAAUCAGCUGAAAAAAAAAGAUGUCGGCACGAUCCGAAGAUGUCACAGAUGUGGAUAGCAUCUGGGCGGAGAUGCUGGCAGAAAACAAGCCUGCGCGCAACACGCGGUCAGUGUCUUUGGUAAAUUUUGACGCUGCUAUUGGAACCAAGAAAACAACGAAAAUUAAGGGAAGUAGUAUACAAUUGUUACAUCGGGGUCUGGGGUAUCCUACUAACCUAUACUAUUCUACAGUGACAGUAGAAGAAUCAGAAGUGAGGUGGAAAUUGUCGAAUUGAUGUCCAGUGGUGAACGAGAAAGACACUCAUAGAGCUUUGGAUAAUAAGGACGGGUUUCAAGCUACUCUCAGUCUGUAUGGUUCUGGUAUUUGGUAACCUGAAUUUGAUCAUAAGGGAAAACAUUUUGGUUUUUGCUUUCUAGUUAGGUGUGCUCCACCGAUAUCAUAAGGGAAAACAAUUCCCUUAUGAUCGAAUUCAGGUUCCCAAAUACCGGAACCAUUCACAGUCUCUGACUCAAAGAGAGCUUCUGUAAAGAAGAGGGCUUACAGUGAGUUCUUAACCUACCACCUUUAAGAAAGAGGCGAAACAGUUCAAGUUGCAGGGAGGUUAUGGCUCUGUCGGGGGCUCAGUUGAACUCGGUGAUGAUAAGCCUGCUGGAGGUAAGAAAAGAGAGCAGAAAGCGGCAGUGAGUGGCACCGCAAAACAAGAUGCGACUGGUCAUUAUGAUGUAGGUUGUCUUGUAGACUUAGCGGGGAAUGGUGAAUCUCUUUGGGGAAUGCGUUUCGAAGCUCUAAAUCCACCUUAGUCAGUGACGUGAAAAAAAAGUCAAGAUCAUCUGUUCCUUCUCUUUUUCUAGUUUGGGCUCCAUUGGAAUGAUGGGUUCUUGGUCGCGGACGACUGAAUUUACAGAAACACGCUCUAAAUCAAGAAAGAAAGAAAGCCAGUGCUUGGCUCAGGUGGUAUUGCGUCACUGAUGGCUACAACGAAAAGUGCGAUUGGGGCAAAGAAGGCAAGGGAAACUGAUUUCGCUUGGUUGCAAAACUACGGUGUUGCCGCAACUGGUUUAUGUGAAGAUUCUGAUACUAUGUAUAGAUAAUGACAAUUUAAUUGGAUUUGUGGAAUGUGGCAAGUUCUGAACUGAAAGAACUAGUGCCCUUUGUUCUUGUAAGUCGUUAGAGAGUGGUGAGGGUACACGGAUUUAUCACCAACCCAGCGCGGCAUAGUCAACUAGAACCCCUACCGAUUCUGGCAUUGUCUAUCCUAUGAUUGUUUCCACUUUCAUUCUGCAGCGAAGAUAGCAGUGUUAAACAAGGGCUGGAGCCUCAGUUUGAACCGAUCGCAGAGAAUGUGCCAACAGAUUCUGCCGAUGCCUUCAUUGCUCAUCUACAAAGGGACAUCAAUUGUCUGGAUUCCGGGAACGAGGUUGAGUUGAAAGUUCGCCUGCGCGCAGUGAAAAAGCUCGAGCUCAUUUUCGUGAAAUUAUGGCGGAGGUGAGUAGUUUUUUCAAGGUUCGAUGGCGAAUGCGAGUGCAAGCAGUAUCCUCGGCGCCGGUAUAUGUGAGGGAGUACGAGUGCAAGUAGUUUUUUCACGAACAGAUGACCACGCGGGAAGAUCGCUGCUACAGAAGUAACAACUGAGCCUGAUCUAUCAAUAAAGCUACCACGACCUCUCGUCUAAGAAAAAAUCAUGCCGAGCUGCCCUCCAACAUCCUGGACGUGGCACUUGAGGAACUGACGAAGCCACUUCUCAAGCGGUUACAUUAUGGCCUGGUAAUUUGGAACUCGAAGUAUUUUCUCCUGUAUUUCUUCUCAAAGACCAAGGGUUUUUAUUUUUGUCCACGCUUACUUGGCCUUACUUUCAUUUAUGACGUGACGGCUCCGAGAAAAUCCGGGAAAUUGCAACGUCGGUUUUGAGGACGCUACUCGAACAUGCGCCGAAAAUUGACCACAGUUCUCUCCAGUUCAUCGUGCCCAUAUUGUUAUGCUGAUGGAGGAUCUUGUUGCUUUGAUUGUUCAGCGUACUAGUCCAAUUGAUUAAAGCAUCUGGCUCAUUGCUUGAAGGUUGUACUUUAAUGUUACACCCCUUCUACCUUUUUUGCGUUUAUUUCCUAGAUAGGUACAACAGCGACAAUAUUGGACUUGAGUCCAUACUUUGUGGUCUAAUUUCCGUUUCCAGAUUGGGAUCCGAAGACCUAGACGGAGUAGCGCACUUGCCUCCUGUUAUGCGGCCGAACCCAGAGCAAAGGCCUGUAGAGAUUCAAAAGCCAGUAGAGGAGUCAGAGGAAGUGCGGAAACAGUUGGCCUUGCUCAUACAGGCUUUUGCUACACGGAUAAGCACUCAACAGGUGCCUACUUUACAAUUCUUGCGAAAGAAGUAGCAGGAUAAGCAAAUUUGGCCAGGAAUCAAAGAUAUAUUUGUUUUUGCGGCCUGAGGGGAGACUAUUCUGAGGGGCGAAAGAGAAGUUGUAUUAGUUAGAAGAAGACUUCUUCCCUACACACGCACACGCACAACGAACAACUGAAAAAAUAUCCCAACGCCAGGUAUUGGGUUUUAUCGACGAAUUGACCGGUCUGCUGCGAGCACUUCUUAUGGAUUCCUACGCUGGCGUGAAGAUGCUUGGAUGUGAGACGAUGACGACCUUCUUAUGAAAUAACAAAAACAGCGCUGACUUGAAGAUAUUCAUGCCGUUAGUACACGUCCUGCAGGUGCCUCCAUUUGGGUAAUAGUCAACCUCUACAGAGCCGCAAUAUCUUACGGACCUCUUAUGUUCUGCAGAGCAACAACAUCCCACACCCCUGCUUAUUUCAUACCCUUGCUACAACCACAAAGACGUUCUCCUGCACUUUACGGAGCCCAUGGGUCGCAGCAUUACGAGCUGUCUGGUCCACAAUCACUUUCGGCUGCGUGUUGCGGCGCUGCAGGUACACCUUAGUCGUGGAUAGAUUGUUGCAGAUUGUUGACCCUACUACAUAGUUACAAGUGAUGAGUUUUUGUGUGGUCUCUUGAAGUCGACCUUGUGACUCGCGACUACAAAAAUCGGUAAUUAGGAAGUCCUAACUUGCUGAUGGCCAUCAAGAUUGAAAUUUAUGAAAUAAUGAAAUAGUCGUGGACUGAGUGUGGAACUGAAGAUACAAAGAUCUUUUUUUAUUCACCAGACUUUGACCGCAGUUUUACAUUGCGGAACAUGGAAGCACAAUCACGAAGUAGUGCAACAUCUUGUGGCGUGGCAGGAUCCGAAUCAAGUGCCGAUCAAAAGCUUCUACGAAUCGCAUACUACCGUGAACUACUUCUCCAGUCUCACUUUCGACCGGCAUCCAGCAGUUAAGGCUACCACAAGCUUUACAACAAGCUUAGCAGUCUACAACAAUCUUAAUGGACUACAGCAAGAAAUUAUCUAAAUGGAGGAACGCUCGACGUUGGGGGAGCCGAAAAGAGGAACGCUCCUUGGUAGUUCGUUGAUUUGUGGAGGAGAGUACUAAAUACUCGCGUCAAACUACUCUAUAGUAGGGGGAAGCGACUCCAAGGGUAGGCUAUAGUAUCUAGAGAAUGUUCCACCAUUUUGGGUCACAGCCAGAGGUCUAAUUCCGUUCGUCGCUUUUGGUUUGAAACGCUGGCCUUCUGGCUGCUCCGAUUACCGGAUCACGUUGACCACGAACCACACAUCUUCCCGUAUAUCUUGUCUUAUGGAAAUGGAACGCGAAAGGGUGACUAAAACAUACUGGGUAGUUAUUGAAAACACUGCGAAUAGGAUCCUUUUCAACAACUCUUCUGAGGGCACAGUGCAUCGCAUAGUCUGGGGGCUGACAUCCUCAUCAGUGACAGACUCCAUGACGAUUUACUGAGCAUCAGAUGUACUUAAACAUAGUGUCAAAAACUUCCAUUUUCAAGUGCCGCCAGUUGUCAUCGACCCCACGCGGUGUUGCUGAAAAACAUCCACGCAGUAGACAUCGUGUAGGUCUCUACAAGCUCCAAACAUCCACGCAGUAGGCAUCGUGGAGAUCUCUACAAGCUCCAAACAUCCACGCAGUAGACAUCGUGUAGGUCUCUACAAGCUCCCAGUGUCUACAGAACUAACGACUAUCCUCUAACUACCUGGUCUCUAUGAUGAGAACGAGGAUAUCGCCCUCGAGACCUUUUGGUUGUUGGAGGCGUGCGGUGCGCAAUAUGAGAUCGACAAUGAAAAAGACCUCCGAGAAAAAAAGCAGUACGGGUUGGAUGCGGAAUGGACCUACAUUAUGUGAUGGGAAGUAGUUUAUUCUUUUGUGAUUUCAGUCAAUUGCACGGGGCAGUGGCCGCUGAUAUUUGCAGGGGUUGGGUAGAACCGAUCUUCACUAAGAAACACACCUGUCUUGCCGAGAAGUACCUUUUUUUUGAGCAACCUAGCAAGAUUUCGGGUUUGCUACCAUUUCUUUAUAUUGCGUUCCACCCUCGAAAGACUGAUGGCCUUGUUCAGCUCCUGAUUUCCCUUUCCCACAUCUCUAAAGCUAAAGGCAAAGUUAUUGUGCCUUUCCCGUUGCAAGGGCGCUGGCGUAGGGAGAUACGGAAGCGCACGCAACCUCAAGGCCCUGACUUUCAGGGAGUGCGAGCCAAGCAAACCCGUGCCAUCGAUUUGGAUGAAGAAGACGGAACAAGCCCUGAUAAAGAGGACCUUGUGCAGUUGCCGCAGAGAGAGUACUUUUUCCUAUGUUUUAUUCAAGAAGAUGGUGCGUAGCAGUAGUACUUUGUGCCGUUGUAGUUUUCGUAGAUUUGGUAUGACUUGAUGUGAAGAUAUUUCUCUAGCCUAGGCUUCACCGGAAGCAGUACGAAGCAUCAUUCGACAUGUAGAACUCGAUGUUUGAUUCCCAAUCUCUAGUAUGGAAGCAGCAGUUACAACCAGAAGUUGUAAAGUCAUUAGUUUCGGAAACGACAAUACCUCUUUCACAUCGAUACAGAAAGAUCACAAUAUAAGCAACAUCUCUGCGAGUACUUUGAAGAGAUGAUUGGAGAUUGAGAUCACUAUCUUCACACCAAGAAGAACAUCUUUGAACAUCUUAUAGAUACCCCAUGAUACCUAGUAACGGUAUAAUGCAGGAAUUUAUCGGACCUUGUGCCCCUUUAUGGUGCUGGGUUUUUUGUUUCCUGCUAGAGAAACAUAGUGUUGUUUACUACAUCCUCUUCCAUUUUCCAUAUGGGUGGAUGUUAUGCUUCAACGCGACAAUCAAUACUGUUGGUUCUUCAAAAUCCUUCAAAGUAGUGACGUGAAGGUUCGCGGAUAAAAACCACUCCAACGUUGCGUCUUAGCAUCACGAGUUAUCAUGAGUUAUAAUAGACAGCUCAUCUUCACUCACUGUGGUCGACUGUACUCGUAGCCCUAAGAAUCUUUGAAAAGAUAGCUGAGUUUCACUGAAAAGAUAAUUCAGUCUCACUCCAACCAAGGAAUCCCAAAUCAUUCCCACCAGUUACUCCCGGUCGUCCUUCAAUCCUUCCCACCAGGUAUUCCUUGUCCUUCAAUCAUUCCCACCAGUUAUUCCUGGUCCUUCAAUCAUUCCCACCAGUUAUUCCUGGUCCUUCCUCGACUGCCUCUACGUUUCGAAGCGACUUCCAAGACCCCGCUUAG